UUUUUGGUAGGAGCUCUGCACUUUCCUAACUUCUCAAACAUUGAUUAUUGAUAACUAAAACUUGCCCCCACCAGAUUUUGAGUUUGAGAGUUGAGCUUUCUCUUUCUUGCGCUAAUGGAUUCCUGUUCAUGGUCCAACCUACCCCGAGAACUCACUGAUCGUGUAUUUAGACGCAACAAUAUCAAUUCAAAGGAUCUUACGAGAUGUAGUCUUGUUUGUACCACUUGGAGAUUAGUUAUUGAAACUAGCCAAUCAUAUUGAAACCAAAUUUUGAGUUGAGAUUUGAGCUUCUUCUUUUUUUCCAUGGAUUCAAGUUCAUGGUCCAACCUACCACGAGAAUUCAUGGAACUUAUAUUUAGACGUUCCAUGAACACAAAGGAUCUUGGAAGAUGUAGUCUUGUUUGUACCACUUGGCGAUUACUUAUUGCUGACAUUUGGGGGAAGAAUUUCUCUUUGUUGAGAACUGCAAAUACAGGAGCUACUAGGAGAAUUGUGUGGGACUACAAGAAUUUUCAGAUAGAGACUUUUAAAGGUUGCAAAGCUGAGCUUGUUGACAGCCUCUUCCACUGGGAGGCCAUCAUGAUUGGUCCCAAAGAUACCCCUUAUGCUGAUGGGGUCUUCCUCUUAAAAAUCUAUUUGUCUCCUGGUCAUCCAUUUCAGCACCCCAAGGUCAAAUUCCUAACCAAGGUUUACCACCCAAACAUUGGCCGAGAUGGCAGGGUAUGUGUUGAGAAAUCAUGGCGCCCAUCACUUACCAUCUUCCAACUUCUCCUAGUUAUCUAUGCUCGCUUCUCCAACCCUGAACCUGAUGACCCAAUUGAUUGUGAGAUUGCUCAAAUGUAUAAGACUCAGAGAAUUCAAUAUGAUGAAAAUGCAAGAGACUGGACCAAGAAAUAUGCUACUGCAAGCCAGGAAGGCACAAUAGAUUGGUCACGAUUUCUCAAGAACAAUAAUAUUUUGGAACCAACAAAAUUGGUGGACUAACAAUCUUGGAUGUCUUUAUUGAAAACACUAGAAGGUGUUAGUUGAGCUAUAAGACCCUUGGCAAAUUGCAAAUCAACUCAGUUAUGUGGUUGUGGUGCAUUUUAAUUGGUUUUGCAAUUAUUACCUAAUAUGUUUGGUGUUUUAAACAAUAGGAUGGUCUGACAUUAAAUGAUUAAAUAUUUAUUAGAAGAUUGUAUCCUUUCAAUUUUGUUAUGGGACUUAGAAGAGACAGCAUUGCAUCUUCAUACCCGAAAAUCAUUUGUAAUCAUAAUUCUUAUAUGGA